AUGAAGCAUAAUAAGGCAAAAACUCGUGGUGUCUUUGCGCUUAAGCUUGAUAUGGAAAAAGCGUAUGAUAGAGUCGAGUGGUGUUUUCUAGAAUCUAUGCUCUCUCAUUUGGGUUUCCAUGCGUCUUUUGUUGCUCUUAUUAUGCGAUGUGUCUCCACCGUUUCUUUUUGUGUGUUGCUUAAUGGUUUUCCAGGUAGCUCUUUUGAUCCUAGUCGGGGACUUCACCAAGGGGACCCUCUAUCCCCUUUUUUGUUCUUAGUUUGCGCAGAGGCUUUGUCGGGGUUGUUACGGAGGGCAGAAACUGGUAACCUGCUGCAUGGGGCUAGUUUAUGCCGGAAUUCUCCAAGGGUGAGCCAUUUAUUGUUCGCAGAUGACUGCAUAAUCUUUGGGAGAUCUAACUGUGAGGAGGUGAAGGUGGUUGGCGAGAUUCUUAAAGAUUAUGAGAGUGUUUCGGGUCAAAAAGUUAAUCUUACAAAGUUCAUGAUUUCCUUUAGUGGAGGGGUUCCUACUCUUAAACAACAGGAACUCGCCCAACUGCUGAUGGGGGUUAAGCUUAAUGGUGCCCGAACUACUUAUCUUGGCAUCCCGAGUACGGUGGGCAGGUCCAAGUCGGAGGUGUUUCAAAUGUUGGUGGACAGAACAAGAAAAAAAUUGAAGGAUUGGAAGCGCAGAUACUUAUCAGGGGCGGGAUUCGGGAGUUACCACGCGUUUUGGCAUCGUUUGGAGCGGUUUCGGAGGCAAGGCUCACGGCCGCCGCGGCCCCACGGCGCGGGCCGUGCUUUACUUGGAGAAGAUCAGCGAAAGGCUCCCACGGCGGGCGCCGCCAGCCAUUUACCAGCCCAGCUCAAACGACAGCUUCGUCACAGGCGUGAUUUGUUAGUGGAAGGAAUAGCUUGGAAAGUUGGCAAUGGAACUCGUAUCAGAAUUGGGAUGGAUGCUUGGAUCCCGGAUGGGAAGGGAGGCUUCCAUGCAGCGGCAGUCGAAGAGAGAUUUCGGGCGACUAGGGUGGCGGAUCUGGUCCAGGAGGGCUCUAGCAGAUGGGAUUCGGCAAGGCUCGAGGAGAUGUUUGAAUCGAAAGAUAGAUGGACGAUCAACUCACAACUGAGGGCAAAUCUGAAUGUGCCAGAUACUCCCUUUUGGCCUCAUGGAAAGUUCAAUUCAUACUCGGUUAAGAGCGGCUAUUGGUUGGCAGUUAAUCUCUUAAGACGGAAUGAACCAUCCUCUUCGGAAUCUCAUAGCAGUUUAUGGAAACGGAUUUGGAACCUUAAUGUGAUUCCCAAAGUUAAGAUUUUCAUGUGGAAAUGCGUCGUGGAGGCUCUUCCCACUAAUAUGGCUUUAAAGAGUAUAGGAGUGGAUGUUAAUUCUAAGUGCAGGAAGUGUGGCUUGAAGGAUGAAUAUAUGGAACACUCCCUCCGGGAUUGUGGGUGGGUAAAAGCUCUUUGA